UUUUGAGUUUGCAGAGUAGGGGGCGUACCAUGAAGCUUGUGAGUGAGUGUGUGUGUGUUUAGGGGGGUGUCCUAUGGAGAGCCAAGGAGCGAAAAAAAGCCCGUUGGCACCGAUCCGUGCGACGCGCACACACUGAGCACAGAGAGCCAUGACGACAUGAGCGGCUCCGAGCGGGUGUUUUAACGGCAUGACGGCGGAUCGGAGGAGCUGCAGCUGAAGGACGAGAGCCGGUAGAGACGCUCCAGCCCCGGAGAUCCGAACAGAGGACGGCGGAGAGCGAGCGGCAGAGCGCCGGGGAAUCAUGCGGGCUCCUGCGCUCCGGCUGCUGGGUCUCGUGUGGCACCUCUCCGCGCUUUUACGCACCGCACAAACGUACAAACUGCACCACAAACAAGAGAGCUUCAUCAGACAGCUGUCAGCGUAUGAGAUCAUCACCCCGGUGCGCUUGAAUGAUUUUGGAGAGUCGUUCCCGCACCGGCUGCAUUACCGCAGGAGGAGGCGCAGCACUGACGCAGAGGUCUCGGGUUCGAGGGCUCAUUACCGGUUUGAGGCGUUCGGCCAGGCGUUUCACCUGAACCUCACGGCUGAUUCUGGAUUCAUCGCUCCAUCUUACACAGUGCUUCACCUGGGAGAGGAAGAGAAGCAUGGAGACGAUGCAGACCUGCGCCACUGUUUCUUCAGAGGACACGUCAACGAUCGCAGGGAACACCACGCCGUCUUUAGCCUCUGCACUGGACUAAUCGGCUCGUUCACGACCCACAGUGGUCAGUUCUUUCUGGAGCCGCUGCUGAGCGCUGAUGGAGAAGAGUAUGAGGAAGAGCACAACAAACCUCACCUGCUCUACAGACACGAGUCACAUGACCCUCAGCCGUGCAGCGCCUCAGAUCGUCCCGCCCAUCACAUCAGUCUCCACGGCAACAGAACUCUGGAAGAGGAAGUGAUGUCGAUACAGGAAACGAUGCGUCCUGACGACGGCUCUCAUUCCCGCCGGAAGCGCUUUCUGUCGUAUCCGCGGUUCGUGGAGCUGAUGGUGACGGCUGACGUUAAGAUGGUGCGACAUCACGGACUCAACCUGGAGCACUACAUCCUCACAAUCAUGUCAGUAGUCGCUGCGAUCUACAGAGACCCCAGUGUAGGAAACCUCAUCAACAUCAUGAUCGUCAAACUCAUCGUCAUACACAACGAACAGGAAGGGCCGAAUAUAAACUUCUACGCCACUGCGACGCUUCAUAACUUCUGCAUGUGGCAGCAGAGUCACAACGUUUUGGACGACAGUCACCCGGGUCAUCACGACACGGCGCUGCUCAUCACCAGGGAGGACAUCUGCCGAGCAAAGGACAAGUGUGACACGUUAGGUCUGGCGGAGCUGGGGACGAUGUGUGAUCCGUUCCGAAGCUGCUCCAUCAGCGAGGAGAACGGCCUGAGUGCAUCCUUCACCAUCGCUCACGAGCUCGGACACGUGUUCAACAUGCCUCAUGAUGACAGUCCGAAGUGCCGCGAGGCGGGGAUCAAGCAUCAGUACCACGUCAUGGCCCCGACGCUCAACUACGACACCAGCCCCUGGUCCUGGUCCAGAUGCAGCCGCAAGUACAUCACUGAAUUCCUGGACACUGGUUAUGGUGAAUGUCUCCUUGACGAGCCUUUGGUGAGGAUGUAUAACCUUCCCAGCCAGCUUCCAGGUCAACUCUACAACGCCAACCGGCAGUGUGAACUCAUGUUCGGCCCCGGCUCCCAAGUCUGUCCCUUUAUGAAACAGUGCAAGCGUCUCUGGUGCACUAGUGCGGAGGGCGACCAUAAAGGAUGUCGUACGCAGCACAUGCCGCUCGCUGAUGGGACCGAAUGUGGCUAUGGCAUGUACUGCAGGCACGGCAUGUGUGUAAAUAAAGAGAUGGACAUGAAGCCGGUUCAUGGUGAAUGGGGCCCCUGGGGGCCUUACAGUGUUUGUUCCAGGACCUGCGGAGGAGGAACACGCAGCACAACAAGAGACUGCAAUAAACCUGAGCCGAGGAACGGAGGACGGUUUUGUGUGGGCCGCAGAAUGAAGUUCCGCUCGUGUAACACGGAUCCGUGUCCCCGGGGCCAGAGGGAUUUCAGGGAGGAGCAGUGUGCACAGUUCGACGGGAAACACUUCAACAUCAACGGACUGCCACCCUCCGUCCGCUGGGUGCCCAAAUACAGCGGCAUUGUGAUGAAGGACCGCUGUAAACUGUUCUGCCGUGUUGUGGGAUCGACGUCGUACUAUCAGCUGAGGGAUCGGGUCGUCGAUGGGACCCCCUGUGGACCGGACACAUAUGAUAUCUGUGUACAAGGCCUCUGCAGGCAAGCAGGGUGUGACCAUGUUUUGAACUCGAAGGCCAGAAAUGAUAAGUGUGGUGUCUGUGGAGGAGACAACUCUUCAUGUAAGACCCUCGGCUGGACCUUCAACAACGGCACAAUACGGUGAGACCCUUGGACCACUCUCCUCUCCUCUCCUCAUCUCCUCCUCUUC